CAUUAAUUAAAAGAAUAUAGUAAAAAUACCGUGCAUACCAAUCAGACAUAAGGUCAGAUAAAUGAUCUACUUAUUCGUUGACAAUCAAUGUUCUGAGAUCGUAUAUAAUAUGUAUACACUUAUAACCAUUCUAUUUGUUAUUAACACAAACUCUUUAUUACAGGUUGUGAACUCUCGUGGAGUAAUAGGUAGUUUAGAUGAGCAACAAGAAGAAUGUGCAGCUUGUUCCAAAGGAUCAUGUCGUAGUGUCAACGGAAUUUAUACGAGACCAGAUUUGCCACCAGGAUACUCAUUGGUUGCCCAGCUUCCUGUAGGAGCGUGCAGAAUUUUAAUUCAACAACUGAAGCACACCAGAAAUUUUAUCGCUCUGAAAAACAGCAACGGCUCAUACAUUGUUAAUGGCGACUGGAAAUUGAGCAACAGUCGAGUGUUUCAAGGAGCAGGAACAAAGUUUGUUUACCUUCGCCAGGACGAAAAUUCUCUGGAAACCGUGACGUCGCCAGGACCUUUAGUAAAUGCAGUCGACAUAAUGAUUGUUAAUUACCAAGCUAACCCUGGAAUCAAAUAUGGAUAUUCCUUACCGUUAUCCGCCGAUGUAGCGCCACCACUGAUGAAACGACCAAUAAUCGAACCGAUCGUUCUUGAAACGAAAUCUGAUAUAUCUUUAAAUACUUCACUUAGUCAAAGGGAUGAGGCUAAGCCUUCUUUACCAGUACCAGGAAUACGCAGAACAAGACUUAGAAGGAAACAUUUUCAUUGGAAAAUUACUGGGUUAACUGCUUGUUCAAAGUCUUGUGGAGGAGGCCUUCAGUCCUACGUUAAAACCUGCACCAGAGAUACGGGACAUACUCAAGUCCCAGUAGUUGAUCGAAGAUGCGCCCAUUUGCACUCACCCACUCCAGCACCGAUACGCUGCAAUACUUCUCCGUGUCCUCCUUCUUGGGAAUUUCAUUGGAGUCAAUGUAGCGCGACUUGUGGAGAAGGACUCCAACAAUACACCCCACAAUGUAAACAAGAUUCUCUUACAGUGAGCGAAAGUUUAUGUUCUAAGCCUAAACCCAGUAUUCAGACAAGGCCAUGUCGAGAAAGUUUUUGCGACAAUCGAAGCGAAAAUGAACUACCGCAAACUUACGAAGACAACGCAAACAAUUUUGACUGGGCUACUGGACUAUGGUCUCCAUGUUCGGUCUCCUGUGGUACUGGUCACAGAACAAGAUCAGUUACCUGCCCUUCAGGAAGAUGUCUACCAGAUGAUCGACCGACUCAUGCUGAAUAUUGCGAUAUGGGAUCUUGCACACCUAGAGAGAUAGUCUACCAUACUUCUUCUAGCCGAUCAAUAUCAACUUGGUUGGCAACAGACUGGUCGCAAUGUUCAGAAGCUUGCGGCACUGGCUCUCAGACUCGAUUGGCAGUAUGUGGACUUCAGGACAAGGAAAGUUGUCCAUCGGAAACAAAACCGGAACUAUCCAGAGCGUGUUCAAGUGAUAAGCAAUGUGACGGACAGUGGUUCACAGGUCCAUGGGGUCCUUGCUCAGACGGCUGCUUAGGUAGAGGCAAACAAAAAAGAGAAGUGGUUUGUGUAAUUAAAAUCAGAGGUGUGCCUCAUGUAACAAACGACAUGACCUGUCCAUCACAUUUGAAACCUUCGGAAGAACAAGCUUGUGAAAGUGGCUGCCCUCCUCGUUGGUACUUUGGAGACUGGAGGCAAUGUGAAGGUACCUGCCCUGUGGGUGUUCAAAGAAGAGAAAUAAGAUGUUUGGAUCCAUACGGACGGGACGUUGAAGGAUGUCCAGAAAACGAAAAACCGGUAGGAAAGAGAACUUGUUCGUGCGAGGCGGACAAUAAAGGAAGAUACAAACCAGUCCACGAUGAACCAACUGAUCGAUACUGCGUUGACAAAAUCCAUAAAUGCAAAUUAGCUGUACAGGCAAGAUUGUGUCAUUAUCCUUACUACGUCACUCACUGUUGUGAAUCGUGUCGAAGAGCGCAAGAAUCGUUAGAAUAAGAAGCUGUGAUUGGAUAAUAUGAAAAUUGUUUAGGUAGUCAAAAGUACUGAAGAGAGGAAAAAUUAGUAAUAAUACCUAAAUAUGAACAAAUGAUUGAGCGAGUGGUAUAAAAAGUUCUGUGUCUUUUGCAUAUAAAAGAAACAAGAUAAAACAUGACAAGAAAUGAUAAAUUAUAGGUGAAUGAUAAGUGUCACUUAUUUAUCUCAAUUAUAAUUGUUUUAACAGACAGAUAUUUAAGUACAAAAGGUUUGUAUUUUCUGUGUUUUUAAUGUCUCCC